UUCAACUGGACGUUCAGCACAGCGCCAUUUCUAUUCAAUUGAACGCAGCCCUGUUAUUCACACGCGUAUCUGCUCUCUCAUUGGCUAGAACCUGAUCUAGCCUUCUUCCACCUGACAUAUGAGGACAUGUAUUUCCAUUGUUAGAGCGGUCACUCGACUAUCUUGACAAUAUAUUAAAACAUCUUUGAGCGAAUGUUUGCAUAAUAUUUUACGUAAGACAGCGAGCGUGAUUACGUCAGCGUCAGGCUUUGCGUGUUUGUUGUAAAGUAUGAGGCGCAUACUCGGUUGCAAUUCGUUGAAGAAUAUCAGUGAAGUAGGUAAAUACUUUCAUCCCCAGGUUUCUUUGACAGCUUGCUGUCGAGCCUUAUUUUAUCAGUCAUUUUGCACGAAAACUACCAGUGAUUCUACAGCCAUGGAUCUCAGUGACAUGCGAAAAAAAUACAAAGGAGACGAAGAGUGCUUUGAAGAGAAUCAUCUUGUUUCUCUGGACCCCAUCAAGCAGUUUGAAGAUUGGUUUGAUCAAGCCACAAAGUGUCCUGAAAUUGGAGAGCCCAAUGCAAUGUGCAUUGCCACAUCCACCAGAGAUGGACGUCCAUCUGCUCGAAUGGUCUUGUUAAAAGGCUACAGUAAAGAAGGCUUCCGGUUCUUUACCAACUACGAGAGCCGGAAAGGUGGAGAGCUGGAGAGCAACCCUUAUGCAUGUCUGUGCUUUUACUGGGAGCCCAUCAACAGGCAGGUCCGUAUCGAGGGCAAUGUGGAGAGAAUCCCCUACCAGAGCUCCUGUGACUACUUCCACUCCCGGCCCAAGAGUAGCCAGAUCGGGGCCGUUGUGAGCAGACAAAGCACUGCAGUCCCUGACAGAAAUUACCUGAGACAGAAAAAUGCAGAGCUGGAGGAAAGGUACAAGGACACAGAUGUCCCAAUGCCCGACUACUGGGGAGGCUAUAUCGUCAAGCCUUACUUGAUAGAGUUCUGGCAGGGUCAGACCAACAGGCUACAUGACCGCAUCGUCUUCACGCGGCUGAAAAAUGGAGAGAGUGUUCUAGAAGAGUAUGAACAUAAUGCUGAGGCGGGCUGGGUCUACCAGAGGCUAUCCCCUUGAGGUCGGUUACAUUAGGGGAAAUGGACUAAGGCAAGGCUGGAGAUUGGGCCUAGUGUACAAGUCACUCAUGAUGUCAACCAAAUGACCACCAUCAUCUCAAUGCAGUAGGAGCCUCUCAUGUUGAUGUUGAAUGGAAGACCUAUUGAUGUUGAAUAACUACGUGCUAUAUGUGUGUCUUAGAAAAAGCAAAUUAUGGCUUGUUUUCUCCAAUCGUUCUUGUUUAAUACCAAAUCAGUAGCGAAUUUAUUUUUAUUUAUUUUAUUUUCUGGAUGGUUAGGAGGCCUGAUUGCCUGUUGUCUCCAGGGCAACAAUGGGAAAGUAUCAAUGUGAUAUGACUAUAUGGUCUAGCACGUAACCUGUGAUGCAAGGUUUUACGAAUCUCAAUAUGCUGUAUGGCACACUUUACAUUCCCUGACGCUUGACGUGCAAAGUCUGUCUAGUACAGUAGUCAAUGUUGGAUAAUUAUUGACAGUUAACCGGUUAUCCAAUGAAAAUGCAUUUCCGCGACCUCAACAACCCCUGGAAACUCUGUACUUGUAAAAAGCGCAAUCUCCAGUACUGUCUGUCUGUUAUUUAACAUUUGUACUUGAGUUCCACUGUAUUGGAUGACAUGUUCUGUCUAGCAGCUAAUAUGUCUUCUGAAGGCCCAAAUCCAUAGCAGUUUCUCUGUCAUGUAAUACAGAUAGCUUAUUAGGCUGUAGUCCCUGUGUUGAAUUUGUUAUGGAUUGAUUGUCAUGUCUGUGGCUCAAACUGCCUUUUUAAUAUAGGUAAAUUCAGAUUAGAAGAGUUGAUGUGAGUUCAGUUGUGCUAAGGUAAUUCAGUGUAUAAAGUCAGUCAUGUCUGAGAAUGAGCUUGGUUGUUCACUUGAUUUUCUUGGUGUGUGAAGACCUCUGUAUUCGCGACAGUUUAAAUGGCACAUCCGAAUUGUGAUCGACUGAAUGGAUCUGAAAAUGUUUUAAUCUGCAAUUGAGUACUCCGUGCUUUUUCUGGCCAAAAGAUGUCAGUGUUGCAUGAAAAAAAGCAAAAUUUUACCUACAAGUAAGUAUAUUGCCAUACGCCUUGACUGACAUUUUGAUGUUUUUCAAUCAACUUUAUUUUAUGCAGAUCUUUUUAGCGUGUUAGAUUAAACAGAACUGUAAAUAAAUAAAGAAAAUAAUCACUGGA